AUGUCCUCCUCCUCGACGUCCAGUCCCACGGACAACAGCUCGCACGGAUCGGUGGCGCUGUCCUCGGCCCUAAAUCCUUCAUUGAACCCGGUCUCCGGGACGAAUACCAGUAGCCAAAAGCCAUUUUCCCUCUCCGAGCGGCUGAACUUUGAGAUCUACCGUUAUUCCAGCUAUUCGCCCAACUAUCUGCCCGAAAACGUCCUGGUGGACUGUCCCAACGAUCAAACUUCCAGGUGGUCAGCCUACACAAACAGCCCUCCGCAAUUUCUCACCUUGAAGCUGCGCCGUCCCGCCAUUGUGAAGAAAAUCAAGUUUGGCAAGUUCGAGAAGUCGCAUGUGUGCAACAUUAAGAAGUUCCGCGUUUACGGGGGCUUGGAAGAUGAGCACAUGGUCCUGCUGCUUGAAGGAGGCCUGAAAAACGACAACGUACCGGAAGUAUUCAACCUGCGCUGCCUGACCGAAGACGGUUCGGAGAACCUGCCCAUACUGUACCUCAAGAUCGUGCCCCUGCUCUCCUGGGGUCCUUCGUUCAACUUCAGCAUCUGGUACGUCGAGCUGCACGGCCAGGACGACCCCAUGUACACCAGUGCGCGCAUGAAGAACUACAACGCGCUGCGCGAGUUGGAGAUCAUUAAAUUGUGCCUCAAGCACUUCCGUCAGCAGGGCUACAUGAGUGCCUUCGGGGCACUCCAGGAGCAGACGAAUGUGCAACUGGAGCACCCGCUGAUCAGCGAACUCCACAAGUGUCUGGUUUUGCAGGGAGACUUUGAGAAGGCUGAGCGCUUUAUAGUCGAGUGCAUUGAAGAAGGUCUAAUGGACGAAUAUUUGAACAAACAGGACUACAAGCACAGCUGGCAUAUGAAGCUUACCGAAAGCGACAUGAAGCCUGGCAACCGCGGAGGUCAUCAACUGGUGGUGGAUGCCAAAAAGAGACUAAUAUAUCUGUACGGUGGCUGGGAUGGUUAUCAGGACCUGAGUGACCUUUGGGUGUUCAAUAUUGAUAAUGAUCAGUGGUCCCUUCUGUGCGAGCGGUCAGAGAUUUCCAAUGGACCCACACCGCGAUCCUGCCACAAAAUGGUUUUUGACCCCAUCAGCGAAAAUGUGUUCAUGCUUGGUCGUUACCUGGACAACUCUAUUCGAACUUCGGAUUAUAUAAAGAGCGACUUUUACCUUUACGACACGAGAGCUGGGAACUGGAUGCAGAUCUGCGAUGACACCAGUCAAGUCGGAGGUCCACAGCUUGUCUACGAUCACCAGAUGUGCAUGGAUGCCGAUAAGAGGACAAUUUACGUUUUCGGAGGCAAAAUACUGACACCUCGCAGUGUCAAUGCUACGGGAGCAAUAGAACCAGAGUAUUCAGGGCUGUUUUCCUAUCACAUAGCCACAAAUACCUGGGCACAGAUACUGGUGGACUGUCACCACGCAAGCGCAUCCCUGGCAGAUGUGAUGUCCAUCAAAUCCAGGAUCACUCAUUGCAUGGUUUUCCAUAAUAAACAUCGAAAACUUUACAUUUAUGGCGGUCAACGAGGCAAGGAGGAUUUGGACGAGUUCCUCAGCUACGACGUAGACACCCAGGCCAUAUCCGUGCUCAACAAGGAGCACCCUCAUCACGGAACCACCGCUGGCAACGAAGCCAAAUUUGAGCCGUCUUCAGGCUAUACAUUGCGAGCGACUAUCGAUUGUGAACGCGACGAGAUUUACAUAUUUUCUAGCCUAAGUAAGGUUAAGGAUCGUCGCGAUAUACAGCAUCUUGAUGCAUCGAACUCAUUUUGGGUCUAUUCCCUGCGCAGUCACAAGUGGUCAAGGAUAUAUUACUGUCGCCACAGUGGACAGGAUGCGAACUCCAUCAACAAGAUGAACAUUUUGGGCGCCAGCAAAGGGGAUGGGUCCAUAGAACCUUGUCCCCGUUAUGCCCACCAGUUGGUGUACGAUGAUUUGGCUAAUACCCAUUAUUUGUUUGGAGGAAAUCCUGGAAUCUGCCAGCAGCAGCAACUGAGACUUGACGAUUUCUGGCUGCUGCGCCUGGAAAAACCAAAACGAGACGAGAUCCUAAAGCAUUGUCGGUUUUUGGUGCGAAAGAUGCGCUACGAGGAGAUGACGCGCCAGGACCCCUUUAAGGCAAUGCAGUAUUUGCGGCAUCAUAUAGCCGCUGUGAUUGAUCAUAGCGAUGCAGAACAGUUAAAUAAUUUCCACAAACUUGCUUCGUUGCUCUUUAAAAACCAUGAUAGUAGCAUCGAAAGAGAGUGUACUACACCAGCGCUGUGUGCUGAUGCUGAAGAUCUUGAAACGGAUCCUGAUGUGUCAACCAAAAUCAAAGAUGAAGUGGCUGAUGGCCCCGCCACCGAGAAUAUUUCAUUGGAAUCGAACGAAAGUCUGAUCUCGUCCGGCAUCUCUGAGACCGCCUCCAGUCCCAGCUCCUCGUCAUGCACUAAAAGAGCGCGCACGGAGUGCACUCCCGAGCUAAAGAACAAACGAGCUUUCCUGUUUAACAAACUGGUUCAACUGAUGCCACCGAGCAUGGUCCAACCGGAGCGCAACCUCAGCGACUUCGUGGUCAUAUAAACGCCCAAGUGCCAAAAAGAUUUUGUAGAACCCAUCCAAGAUUAUAUUUAGCAAUUAAGAAUGUGCGUUUUUUUUGUUUUUAACUGUUGAUCAAAGUGAUGUUUAGUUUGCUUGUUCGCCAAUAUUAAGUUUUACGGCCAAUGCAAAGCAUGACAGAAAUAUGAUUUCA